AUGAUUACAAGAGCCGGUCUCUAUACUUUCAUCUAUGGAGAGAGAGUCGGAGAUGCUGCAGCCCCUCCCUUUUUGAAGUUUCGUUCCUCUAAUGCUUUGAUCAUUGCUACUAUUGCCAUUGCUGUCUUCACUGAUAUAUUUCUCUAUUCUUUGGUAGUUCCUGUGUUGCCUUUUGCCUUGACGGUCAGGGCAGGGGUCGAAGAGAAAGAUGUUCAGAGAUGGACUUCGGUAUUUCUAAGUGUCUAUGGAGCUGCUUUGGCGAUUGGAAGCCCAAUCUUUGGGUGGCUCGCAGAUAGAUCUAGUUCCCGGAGAAUGCCCCUCCUUUUGGGCCUGCUCGCUCUUGGCGGAUCUACAGCAAUGCUUACAGCUGGGAGUUCUCUUGGCGUUCUAGUAACAGGAAGAUUCUUCCAAGGACUCUCGGCAGCCGUAGUAUGGACUGUCGGCCUUGCCCUCUUGUCCGAUACCAUUGCAAAAGAAGAAAUUGGUCAAGCAAUGGGUUACGUUGCGGCCGCUACAAGUCUCGGAUCACUUCUCGGACCUCUUUUGGGUGGUGUCGUCUACGCUCAUGCUGGAUAUUACGUUGUAUUUGCUAUGGGCUUCAUUAUUAUCGGUAUUGAUAUUGUUUUGCGGCUAAGUAUGAUUGAGAAAUCGGUAGCCCGGCAAUGGGAUAGCCCAGAUGAGGCUUCGACUGAUCCCAACUCUGCUCCUAAUCAGAACGACGAAAUCCAAACUGUACCCGCGACGGAUAUUGUUCCCGAAUCAGAGAAGGCUGUCACGACCCCUAAAUGGGUGCAACGCCUUCCCCCAUUGAUUACAUUACUACGGAUUCCUCGUCUCCUAGCUGCUCUGUUCGGAACCUUGGCCGCAUCCAUAUUCCUGGCCUCAUUCGACACUACACUACCUCUCUACGUCAAAGACACGUUCCAUUGGGAUUCAACUGGAGCAGGUCUAAUUUUCCUUUCCCUCGUUAUUCCCGCACUUCUGGGGCCUGUGUUUGGUUUCUUCUCCGAUAAAUACGGCACCAGAACACCGGUAACGAUUGGAUAUCUUGGAGCAGUGCCCUGUUGGAUUCUCCUGCGGUUCGUUACUUACGAUUCUGUUGGACAAAAAGUGCUGUUGUGUGCUCUUUUGGCACUUCUUGGUCUAUUCCUGACGAUGGUCUUCCCAGCGGUCAUGGCGGAAAUUGACCACACGGUGGCUUUAGAAGAGAAGAGGAGGCCCGAAGGCUUUGGUAAGAGAGGAGCUGCUGCUCAAGGAUUCGGAUUGUUCAAUCUUGCUUAUGCAGGCGGUUCAUUGGUUGGGCCUUUAUGGGCGGGUUUCGUGGUGCAAAACUCUGGCUGGGGAACGAUGGGGUGGUCUUUGGGAGUUUUGAGUGCUGUGGCCGCUGUGGUGGCAUUCUUUUGGACUGGGGGAAGGAUCGUGCUCAAAGGCACAGAGAGAAGGGGUAGUCUAGAAGUGGUGGUGUAA